UGCGGUGUGGACAGCAAGUGUCCACGUCCCUCCGAUCGUUUGCUGAGUCAGGAGGCACCCACUCGCGCUGCUCUCUUUUGCUUUCCUCUAUAUUCUUAUCUCAUUGACCCAUGAGCUUUGACUUUAUGCUCAAGUGACGUCUGAUUUCAGAGCUCAGAUCCCGCCAUGCGUCCCGGGAAGCGCCGGAUCCCUGUUUUCGGUGGAGUAUGAACUUGUCUCCUCUACCGCAGGAUCCACUGGAUCGUUUCUGCCUGGAUGUGUGUGUUUACAGUCGGAUCGUUGCGCACCUGACACUCUUUCACUUUGCCAGCGCGUGUUUAAUGAAUGAACCGUUCGAUUUUUCAUUCUGCUGAGGGAUUGUACCGUGUCCGACCUUCAUUGCGGAAAACAGCCGGAGACUGAUGUGAAAGCCCGCCGCUGAAGUACGUGCUCCCCGAGCCUUGAUCCAGUGGACGGUUGUUGUGAUCAUGUCUGUCCACAUAGUGGCCCUUGGUAGCGAGUGUCCUGGGGGCGUCGGGCCUGGGGACGAGACGACCGGCCCGGGACAGAUCCAAGGUGGCUUGUUGUGGAGUUACCUGGGCCACGGAGCUCGGGAAUUGGAUCCAAACUCAGUGACGCCAUCAAGGCAUCCCUUGAACCCUGCGUUUAUGGAGUACCAGUCCAGAGUGUUCGGGGAUGUCAGAGUGAUGGUGCGGGAUUGUCCCAGUUGGGACCUUUUGGACAGCGACUGGGCGAGCGUCCGGAGCGUUCUGGAGCAGGCCGACAUCGUGGUCAUUAAGUACUCGGUCAACGACAAGCUGGCCUUUCAGCAGGUCCGAAACGUCUACGCCCCAAGACUUCGCCCUCUUUUUCGACACUGGGGUGUUCCUGUGAUUCUGGUAGCCGUGGGGGCGAGGCUAAAUGAUGAAGGCCCACCGUGCACAUGUCCUCUGUGUGCGUCCGACUGGAGCAGCUGUGUGCCCCACAGUGAGGGGCUCCAGCUGUCCAGGGACCUGGGGGCCACUUACCUGGAGCUGCCCUCUCUAAACAACUUUUUUGUGGAUCGUUACUUUGGCAGUGUGCUGGAAUACUUCAUGAUUCAGUGUCUGAAGCAGAAAGCCAAAGAACGGCCAGACAAACGGCGGGGUCACAGGUUUAACGAGCCCCGCCCCCCUCAUUUGGACCAGCCAGGUUAUGUCAGUCUCAACGCGCAUUGGGCCUGGGAAUGGGAAUACCUGGAGGAAGCUAUUGCUGAAAAACUGAAGAACCCUUUGGCCGUAGCCCAGCUGAUUGACAGGAUACGCUCAUUCGUUGGAAGAGAAAAGAGGUCAGCUGUGCGUCUGCUUGCAGGAAGCGUGCUGCCAGCGCACAGAGCCGUGCUUGUGGCCCGCUGUGAUGUUAUGGCUGCCAUGUUCAGUGGGAAAUAUGCAGAAGCACGAAGUCGUGUGGUGCCAAUACAUGGAGUCUCGUCUGAUACCUUUCUAGCUUUCCUGGAGUACCUCUACACUGACACCUGCUGUCCAGCUAGUGUGCUGCAGGCCAUGGCUGUGCUCGUCUGCGCAGAGAUGUACCAGGUGAAACGGCUGCAGCACCUGUGUGAAGUGUGUGUCUGCGCGUAUCUUCAGAGUAUGCCCAGUCGAGAGCUAGCGUCUACGGGCAUCGGUGUGAUUCGCUUACUGAGGAGAGCAAAGUGUCACAACGCUGACCAGCUCUAUGUCUGGCUCCUCCAUUUCAUUGCCAAUAACUACCUGAUCUUCAGUCACAAGCCUGACUUCCUGGAGCUAUCAGGUGAGCCGUCCGUUUGACCA